CUAUUACUACCUUGCGGGGGAAGCUAAUGCAAAAAAAAAAGAACUAUUACUACCUUAGCCGGACUGCGGAGCACUGACGCACUUCCUUCUGAUUCACCGUUCUCUAUCUCUCUCCAAAAGGCUUCAUUCCUUCUAGAUAUGGCGGGGAAGCUAAUGCACGCCGUUCAAUACGAUAGUUAUGGUGGAGGAGCUGCUGGUUUGAAGCAUGUUGAAGUUCCAGUCCCUACUCCAGAGAAAGAUGAGGUUUUGCUUAAGUUGGAAGCAACUACUCUAAAUCCAAUUGAUUGGAAAAUUCAAGAGGGCGUGUUGCGGCCUCUUUUGCCUCGUAAAUUCCCUCACGUUCCCUGUACUGAUGUGGCAGGAGAAGUUUUAGAGGUUGGUUCAGGAGUAAAAAAUUUCAGAACUGGUGAUAAAGUUGUUGCUAUGCUUAGCCAUGCUACUGGAGGUGGACUAGCUGAGUUUGCAGUGGCUAAGGAGAGCUUGACAGUUGCAAGGCCACCUGAAGUUUCAGCAGCAGAAGCAUCAGGCUUGCUAGUUGCCGGUCUUACAGCUCAUGAGGCUCUCACUAAGACUGCUGGGAUCAAGCUUGAUGGGAGCGGCGAGCAUGCUGACAUCCUGAUAACUGCUGCCUCAGGUGGUGUAGGUCACUAUGCAGUUCAGCUGGCAAAGCUAGGAAACGCACAUGUGACAGCCACUUGUGGAGCCCGUAACAUGGAAUUUGUAAAGAGUUUGGGGGCUGAUGAGGUUCUUGAUUACAAGACUCCAGAAGGGGCAGCUCUGAAGAGCCCAUCUGGGCGGAAAUAUGAUGCAGUGAUCCACUGUACCAGCGGGAUUCCUUGGAGUACUUUUGAGCCUAACUUGAGUGAAAAUGGGAAGGUUAUAGAUAUCACUCCUGGCGUUAAUACCAUGAUAACUUGUGCUGUAAAGAAAGUCACCUGCGCCAAGAAACAGCUAGUGCCUCUGAUUCUGACUGCCAAGGCUGAGAACCUGGAUUAUCUUGUUAAACAGGUGAAGGCAGGGAAGCUCAAGACAGUUAUCGACUCAAAGCACCCCUUGAGCGAGGCCGAAUAUGCGUGGGCUAAGAGUAUUGGAGGCCAUGCUACUGGGAAGGUCAUUGUCGAGCCUUAAAUGGAUAUAGUGUCCUUAAACUGUUAAAAAUAUUUACUUGCCAAUGUACAGGUUGCAUGUAUGAGCCAUGUAGAUUCAAAGACAUGGAUUGUACGGUGAAAUAAGCUUGCCCUCAGACAUUAUACGUUUGUAUCCUGCUUUGUGUUUUACUCUUCAUGUGUGUAAAUGAUAAUGUGCUAUAGUAUGACUUUGAUGCUUCAAACGACGUUGUAUUUGAAAGGCAUUAUUUGUAGUGAUGGUUGUGAACC